UCCAAACCCGGAAGUACUGCUGAAUGUGUGACGCUUCCAGACCGGUCCCAGUGAUGGGUGUUUGGGAGCUGUCGGUGUAUGUGUCAGUGCUUUUGCUGGCUUUGUCCGGUUCCCCGGUACUAGGGUCACUGCGAAAUGUUACCGCUGAUGUGUUCGGCUCCGAGUCCUACGGGAAAGUUGCGGCUUUUGGGGAUUUUAAUGCAGACAAACAGACUGACAUGUUCAUCAUCAGAUCUGGAAAUGAGCUUUGGAUUUUUUUAGCCGACCUUAAGGGGACUCCAUACUUUCAUCCAAAUGUAAAGCUGUCACUAAAGAGUGAAGAUGUAGUUAUAACAAGUGUGGUACCUGGCGAUUAUGAUGGUGAUUCGCAGAUGGAUGUCCUGCUGACCACUAUCCCAAAGGAUAAAGUUAAUACAGAUGUUCCUUUAACGGCAGUCAUUUACUGGGGACUUAAUCAGACCCUGAAUGUUAAUUCUAAAACGCGGCUAAAUAAUACCUAUCUUGAUGAGCCACUAAUCAUAGACUUUAAUGGGGAUUUGAUUCCUGACAUAUUUGGUGUCACCGGAGAAGGUGCAAAGCCUCUAAUUACAUAUGGAGGAGGGAAUUUAUCAGUGACAACAACAUUGAAUACCAAAAAUAAAAUGUUUAUACCGCACUCUCAUGCUUUUGUAGAUCUGACUACAGAUUUUACAGCCGAUCUGUUUCUCACUACAGUGUCUGGUGCUUCAGAAAUUCAGUUUGAGACAUGGGAGAAUAAGGGAGGCAACUUUACAGAAUCUACACUAAUUAUACAGAAGCCAAAGGAUGUGAAGAUAGUUGGACAGUCAGUUUUUGCAGAUUUUGAUGGAGAUGGUAAGCAGGAUCAGCUUUUGCCUGCCUGUGAAGAUGACAACUGCUUAAAAAGUGCAAUUUACCUUUUAAAACAUGGAACAGAUCAGUGGGUUCCGGUACUGCAAAAUUUCAGCAAUAUGAACACAGUUUGGGGUUUUGUCCCUUCAGCUUAUAAGUCUCUGUCAAUACCAAUUACACUUCACAUUGGCGAUUACAAUAUGGAUGGAUACCCAGAUGCUCUUGCCAUACUUAAAGAUACCUCAGGAAGCAAUCAACAAGCUUUUUUACUUGAAAAUGUGCCAUGUAAAAACAGUACCUGCACAAGAAUGUUUGAAGUCCACUGGGAAAUUUCUGAUCUCAAUCAAAUCAAGGAUGCAGAGGUGGCAACCUUCUUUGACAUUUAUGAGGAUGGAAUCCUGGACAUUAUUGUCUUAAGUAAGGGUCUUUCAGGUGACAACUAUGCCAUCCAUGUACUUGUGAAUAACUUUGAAGCUGAUGCCUACUUUGUCAAAGUCAUUGUGCUCAGUGGCUUCUGUUCCAAUGACUGCCCUCAUCAAGUUAAGCCUUUUGGUGUAAAUCAGCCUGGUCCUUAUAUUAUGUAUACAACAGUAGAUGCAAAUGGAUACCUGAAAAAUGCAUCAGCUGGACAGCUAAGCCAGUCAGCCCACUUAUCCCUGCAGCUGCCGUACAACGUUCUGGGGUUAGGCCGUAGUGCUAACUUCCUAGAUCAUCUGUAUGUGGGUAUUCCUCGUCCUCCUGCAGAAAAGCCAAUACGGAUGCAAGAAUGGACUGCAAUCAUCCCAAAUUCCCAGCUAAUUGUCAUUCCAUAUCCACACGAUAAUCCCAGGAGCUGGAGUGCCAAGCUGUAUCUGACCCCAAGUAACAUUGUGCUGUUGACAGCCAUCGCCCUAAUUGGAGUGUGUGUUUUCAUCUUGGCUAUAAUUGGCAUCCUACACUGGCAGGAGAAGAAAGCGGAUGACAGGGAGAAAAGGCAAGAAGCUCAUCGAUUCCACUUUGACGCAAUGUGAUGUGACACAUCAACCCUUUUACUGUGCAUCCAGUGCAUUGCACUCAUCUCCAGCAGUGGGGGGGCCACAAGCACUGAGGGACCUUCACAAUGCACAGGGCACAAGCAGUGGAGAAAGGUCAGGCAACAGCCAUAGGGGGAAACGCUCUAUCUGUAUAUUUUGUGUUUAUAUAUUAAUUUAUUGGUGAACAGUGAAAAUGAGAGCCUUGAAAUCAAUCCCAGCCUGUAUGUAACAGACAUGGCCAAAUUUGGGGUUUGGGGAGUUUGAUUUUUUUUUCUUUGAAGGUGUGCAGCUAUGGGUUAAAUGUUAGUCUGUUGUAAGAGUUUUCAGUGCCUGAACAAAAGCAUCAAGGCUGUACCCUUCAUUUGUACAUUUUAGAGUAUUUAAUACUGUAGAAAUGGCUGAUUAUAUUGUGUUUGCACUAGGAAACUGCAUUUCUGAAGGGAAAUUACACUACUUCUACAAAUCUGUGGAAAUGUUCAAUGUACAAAUUUGUGCAGUAAAAAAAAAAGAUGUGUUCAGUGUAUACAAAUGUUGACUUAGUAUUGCCGACAAUGGGGAAAUUGCACAAACUGCUCUACGCAGGACCUAUUUGUGACUAAUGAAGAACUCACUUAAUUCACAUCGAUCUGGUGGUUUCAUAUUUUCUACUGUCUGUCUGAGUCAAAGCUUUACAGGUUUUUAAAGGGGAUGCUCCUAAGGUAUGUUUUGGUGUUAAUCAUGAAUGCCAUAGUGACCAACUGUAAUAUAAUUUAAUUUUUUCCCAUGGCUAUUUUUUAUUUAAGAUGUACACAAUAUCCUCGGGAUGCUCACACCCAACAGUAACCACCCCAAACAGUUCUGCAGUGCCCAACAUUUACUGCAUGGAUAUGCCUCCUAAGUAGAUGCUAGACUUCAGCAUGGAGAAUAGAGAAUAAGUCACAAUUUAAAAGUAUUGCCGGUACUACUAGAUUACAAUAUGUUAAUCACAAAUUUCCCCUUUAAAGAAACUUACUGUAAAAGGAUGCUUUUGCCCUUAUUCCUUUUUUUAAAAUUAGUGUGAUUGAUUAAAAUGGUGUUGAAAAACCAGUUUAUUUAAAUUACCAAGCACCCAAACAAAAUUCUGAGUGUGGGAGUGUUGAUUGAUUCUGUGCCACUUGAUUCCGCUUGUUAUGCUUGUCUGCAAAGCCUAGCACAAAACGUUAGCGGCUGGAAAAUGCAUAUAUAUUGGCAGUUAUUAUUAAUAUGAACCCUGUAAUAUAAGGCAAGCUUGUUUUUAAACACACUAUUGAGGGCUCCAUUUAGCAGAUGUAUGUUUAAUGUUUGUAACAAAGCUAUAAAUAAUGUACUGCUGAGACUGAAUAAUACUUGAUCACGUUACAGCUCUGUGUUUAUGAUUAGUGACAAAGUGCACUUUGUGUGACACAGCACCAGCUCUCCCAGCCCCACGCUCGGCGCAGAACAAGCAAAAUCCCUAUACUGUCGCAUUUACAUUAUAAUUGAGAUUUGUUUUAAAGGUUUCUUUUUGAAUGUUGGAAUGAUGAAAAUUGUCAAACUAUUUAUGUUCAACUGUUGGUGUAUCCUAAUAAAUGCGCUUUAAUAAAAAUAAAAGUGGGACCAUUA